AUGAUGAUGAUGAUGAUGAUGAUGAUGAUGAUGAUGAUGAUGAUGAUGAUGAUGAUGAUGAUGAUGAUGAUGAUGAUGAUGAUGAUGAUGAUGAUGAUGAUGAUGAUGAUGAUGAUGAUGAUGAUGAUGAUGAUGAUGAUGAUGAUGAUGAUGAUGAUGAUGAUGAUGAUGAUGAUGAUGAUGAUGAUGAUGAUGAUGAUGAUGAUGAUGAUGAUGAUGAUGAUGAUGAUGAUGAUGAUGAUGAUGAUGAUGAUGAUGAUGAUGAUGAUGAUGAUGAUGAUGAUGACAAGUGACUGUACAUUUGGAAUUGUGUUCUAG